AAAAAAAAAAAAAAAAAAGCAAAACAGUAACUAUGAAACGCCGUUUUAUCCGACAAAUGCCUGCCUCCGUCCUCGAAGCUGUUCCUAACUUCCUAUUGCACACUCUCGCGAGUCGCCAUUCGUGAAUGACUCACUCUCUCCUGCCAUUAUUUCUCUCUGUGAUUUAGUUUAGGUAGCGGGUAACUAAUAAAUUUGGUUUUUUUUACGAAUUCUCAAGUAAUCUAGCAGAAAAUGAAAGUCGAUAAUUUGAUUUUGGUAUAUGGGCUUGUGUUUGGAUUAUUGUGUAUAUCUUCAAUUGCUAAAUCAGCAGUUCCUACAGACCUAUUUCUCGGAGUUCCUCCUCAAGAUUUGAAUUACUAUAAGAUAUCAUCAGGCACGAUAAAAUGUAAAGAUGGAUCCAAGAAAUUCACCAAAGCUCAGCUCAACGACGAUUUCUGUGAUUGCCCUGAUGGCACUGAUGAGCCAGGCACAUCAGCUUGCCCAGGUGCCAAAUUCUAUUGUCAAAAUGCAGGGCAUAUUCCUCUUCUGUUAUUUUCUUCCAGAGUUAAUGAUGGAAUCUGUGACUGCUGUGAUGGGAGUGAUGAAUAUGAGGGGAAAGUAAAAUGCCAAAAUACAUGCUGGGAGGCUGGCAAGGUAGCUAGAGAUAGGUUGAAGAAAAAGAUAGCAACAUAUAAGGAGGGGGUUGCUUUGAGAAAGCAGGAAGUUCAUCAGGCAAAACUAGCAAUUGCUAAAGAUGAGGCAGAACUAUCAAAGCUGAGAAAUGAGGAAAGCAUACUCAAAGGGCUAGUUCAACAGCUUAAAGAACGUAAAGAACAGAUAGAGAAGGCAGAAGAGAAAGAACGCCAACAAAAAGAAAAAGAAGAGAGAGAAAAAAAAGAGGCUGAAGAAAAAGCUAAUAGGGAGAAAAAUAGAGUUGAAGAGGAAGCUCAGCAAGAAAAAGUACUGGCCUCGGAGAAAAAUGAUGUUGAAGAAAAACCUGCAGAAAUUAUUGACCAUGAUAAAAUCGGUGUUUUAGAUGAUUCGUCUUUGGAUCAGGAAGAGACAGGGGAAUAUGCUCAUCAUGUAACUGAUGCUGAAAUAGGUGAUACUUCCAAAAUUGAAGGAUCACCUGUAAAUGAAAUGAAGCAGAAUGCAGCAGAAGAAGAGAAAAAGUCUAUCUCUCCAAAUAGCAAGGAUGACUCAGCAGUUGGGAGUGAAACUGGUCAUAAUGCAGGAAAUGAGAAAUCUCAUGAUCAAGAUAUGAAAGUGGGCGAUGACUUGUCUGAAAAUACUGAAGGUUUGUCAAAGGAAGAGCUGGGCCGACUUGUUGCUUCUCGUUGGACUGGAAAUUCUGAGAAGAAAAUUGAGGAAGUUAACGUUGCUAAGGAUGACCAUGAGGAUCAUGAAAAGUUGGCACCGGAUGCUCAUGAUGAGGAAUAUGACGACUAUCCUUCAGAAACUGAUGAUGACGCUGGAAAGUAUGAUGAUGACAAUGGAAAGUAUGAUGAUGACAGUGGCAAGUAUGAUGAUUUUGAUUCAGAAGAUGAUGUAGAUGAAGCAUAUGAAGAGGAUGCUCAUGAUCAUCCUGCUCCUUCGUACAAAUCCGACCCAGAGGAUGAGGAUGCUCAUGAUGAUCCUGCUCGUUCGUACAAAUCCGACCCAGAGGAUGAAACAGACUUCUCAGAUACAACGUACCGAAGCAACCCAUCUUGGUUAGAGAAAAUACAACAAACUGUUCGUAACAUUCUGCAAGCUGUUAAUUUCUUCCAAACACCAGUGGAUAAAUCAGAGGCGGCUCGCGUGCGCAAGGAAUAUGAAGAGUCCAGCUCCAAGUUGUCGAAAUUACAAUCAAGGAUAUCAAGUUUGACAAAGAAGUUGAAACAUGAUUUUGGAAUAGAUAAGGAGUUCUAUUCAUUCUAUGAUCGCUGUUUUGAAAGCAAGCAGAACAAGUAUAUUUACAAAGUCUGCCCGUUCAAACAUGCAUCCCAGGAUGAGGGCCAUUCGACAACUCGUUUGGGGCAAUGGGACAAAUUUGAGGAUUCAUAUCGAGUUAUGAUAUUUUCAAAUGGUGACAAGUGCUGGAAUGGGCCUGACAGAAGUUUAAAGGUCAAACUGAGGUGUGGAUUGAAAAAUGAGCUUACAGAUGUGGAUGAACCAAGCCGUUGCGAGUAUGUAGCAUUCUUAUCGACCCCUGCUCUCUGCCUGGAAGAAAAGCUCAGGGAAUUGGAGGAUAAAUUAGUCUUGAUGAACAAAGAACAACCGCAGGGCCACGAUGAACUUUAAACUGCUAAUGGGAAUUGCGGCAAAUGGAUUUCGAAAAUGUGGACAAGCCAUUCAUUAACACUUGAAAUAUUAGGAGCAGCAGAAUGCAGUCAAUUUAGACUGGUAUUUAGAAAUUGAGCAAUAUUUAAAGUGGGCUACUGAAUUUUUCCUAUUCUGGACCCACUUUUCUGUAACAGUUCUAAUUCUUUGUGGGGUUAGAUUGAAACUUGAGAGUAAUUAGGAAGAAAUCCGGCUCAUUUUUAAACUGAUUCUGAAAUCAUGGUGCUCCUUUCUAUACGUAAAUUAAGUGAACUAGCUCAGAACUAUGACAAUAAUAUGGACUUGAUGGUAUGACAUUAUAACUCAUCUUCUCCAUUA